CUUCUAUACUAACUAUUAACUAAUAUGGAUUAUAGAUGUAUGUUGGUUUAUGUAAGAUUAAAAUGAUAAAGAUAAUGAUUACAGUUGAUUAUUGUCUAAGAAUAGAACGAACUAUGGUAUUAUUGACGGCCCUGUAAUAGUUUAAGCUUUAAAAUAAUGGAGAAAAGUAACAAAACUAAUGUUAAUAAUUUAUUUUUGUACUUUAAAACUCUACCAAAGCAAAUGACAACAAUAAACGAUGAAAAUACGGAUGAACCUGACGAGGUAAGUUUUUUUUAACUUUCUUUUACAGCUUUCAAAAGUAUGCUUUUAAAAUCGUGUUUUGGUUAAAUUUUAACCGUGUUGUUAAAGGUUAUUGUUUCACUUACCAAUGCUAAACUGGCUCAUAACAAUAUUCUUCUAACAAUAUUUGCUGUAACUCAAACUUUUGUAAUUAAAUUAAUUUUCAUAUAUCAACAGGUCUUUCAAGCAAGAACAGAUGUCCCUGUGUAUUAGAUAUGUUGAUGAAGAUUUAAAAGUAGUAUAUGAAAGAUUCAUUGAGUUCAUUGAUGUUUCUAGUGAAAGAGGAUCUGAGAACCUUACAAAAGUAAUCAUUAAUUCAAUAAAACAAAAUAAUCUACAUAAAAUUCCUUUGAUUGUCCAAUUGUAUGAUGGUGCUGGUGUGAUGUCAAGAUCAUUGUCAGGUGUUCAAAACCAGAGUCCAAAAAUUAUACUCUUAAGCGGUGUAUAUACACUGUUUAAUGUUUAACUUGUUUCACAAGUUAAAUCUUGUUGUUUGUAG